AUGGACGGCUCAACAUCAGCUGAUGACAACAGCAGUAUAUUGGUGGCGUUGAUACUGCUCAUGAUCACUGCCGUACUUGUGUACUGGUAUUACUUGCAAAACGUUGGAGGGAAAUCUGCCAAACAAAAGUCUGCAUCGGAAAAGUGGGGUCUACCGGUUGAUAAUAUGCCUUCGUUCCCAUUACAACAGAACACGUCCUCGGUCUUAUCACCUCAUAAGAAGAAAAAGAAGAAGAAGAAGAAGCUGUCACAGAAGAGUGUUAACUCUACACAACACAGCUCGCUAUCGAUAAAUAGCGUAGAGCCGGCAAUCAAGAUACCGCAUGGUCGAAAACGACGUUUUCACCGCUCACAAAUGUCAUUCAACCGUCGGUCGAAUGAUACACGUAUGUCAGAACAUUACUUUUUUGAAAUGACUCCUUUCAGGUUGUUUCCAUAA